UUCAACGAUAUUGAUUGUAGCUAACGCAAAACUCUAAAUAGUUACAUGCGCUCAGGUAAGACGUUUUAUAUACAGAAAAAUCAUCGUGACUAUAAUUACUGUUUUAAGACAUUGUUCUUGUUGCUGAAAGGAAACCACUACAAGUACUUUCCAAUGGAAAACUUAAAACGAAAAAUACUUAGAUAGUUCUGUGCGUUUGAUAAACUGGAAUGGAAGGAACUGUUAAACGUAGAAUAAAGCCUGGAUUCGGCGUACGGAAAUGAAAAUCAUGAAUUAAUGACAACCGAAUGAUGACUCUAAAGGAAAAAUGAGGAAGUUGAAAUAGAAACAAUGCAUUUGCAUUGCAUUUUGAAUAUCGGUUAUAAAGGUUCAUUCAGAAAGGUCAUUCCACAAUCUGGCAAAGAAUGAAAAUUUAUCAAGAUAAGCAUCUUAAUGGAAACGAAUAUGGAAUAGAUUGUAAGCAAAGCAAUAUUCCGUUGGAAGUAAUAGUAUAGAAAUGCAUUUUCCGACGAUUACCCCUAGUGUCUUGCUGAGGAAUCAGCAUUACUGUAGAACUAUAAUAUUGAAUCUUACGUUCGGCACAGCAGUGAUGCGUGAGCUCGUUAUUGUUAACCUACGCGGAAAAACAAUAGAGGAACAUUUGAACUAUGUAAAUCGUGUGAAAACAGGACAUAAUGGCGAGCAUGAAUUAACGCCUGAAGAAGCUGAUUACUUGAGACGGAAAAGACCAGAACAGCUUGAUUUGUCAAGGUUGACAAGGUUAUUGCUCUGUACGAUGCUUGAUGGAGACGACUUUAAGGAUACAAACAGACUUAGAAUAAUACGAAAUAAGAUUGCACACCCAAAGGAGGCUGAACUUGCUGAUAAUUCAUUAUUCCGUGAAUCUGGGGACAUAAUUAAGAAGUUAGCAAAAUCUGUGGACAAAGCUAAAUGUGGUUCAUCGGAUUUAGCUUCUGACAUUUCGGCAAAGAUAAAUGAACUGGAGAUGACGGAGCUUGUGCAAAUUCAGCACAUAGAUAGUAUGGAGAUAAAGAAGGAGUAUUUCUGGACUAAAGUUAUUCGGCAAUGUCCAACUGACACAGAAGAACACUUAAUGCAGAUGAAGAUACGCUAUGGUCUGAUCAGGUAUACCAGGCAGUUAUCCGCAGAAUUGAAUAUUGAUUUAUUUCUUGCUGAACUGAUAAAGAAUCGGGUCAUAGAAAAGGAACUAAAAACAGACAUUGAACAGAAAUAUUCUUUUGACGAACAAAUGGCUAUUCUCGUUGACCACUUGGUUCAGGAGUCGAAUGAUGACAGCGUUAUCAUUGGAGCAUUUGAAUGUCUGAAGCGUUCUAAACCAAAUGGUGGACUUUUAGCUGCAUUGGUGGAAGGCUCAAAUGAUGAUUGUGAAAAAUUCGAGAGUCUUAUUCAGGACAAAGUCAAGACAAUACUUAAUAGGUCUCUAAAAUAUAACAAGAGCUCAGUCGUCCAAUCAUCUGAAGUGCAUAUAUUUGUUGAAAAGGAAAUGAAGAUACCUCUAGCCUAUGACGUUAUUAAAGACUGUAUCAAACAGACGUUUCGUCUUAAUGAUAAAAAUCCAGAAAAUGACAGUUUGAAAGGACUGUGUUGGAAAGAAUCGUUUAGAGACUGUGAAUGUAAAUGUGUACCACAUGAUAAAGCCAAAAAUGAAGUACAACAAAAGAAAUGCUUGACACUGCGACCAUUUGAUAAACCAGCGGGCAAUAUCAAGUACAGUCGAUGUUAUACCGACUGUCCAGGUAGUGGGGAUCUAUUGGAACCAAAGCAUAAAUUUAUUUCUCGAUCAAAUGGCGAACACUACACAACAGAUUUUAUUUCAAGAGAAUGCAUCCGCUUUGCAGACGCCUGCAUAAACUCAGCACAAAAUGGAACUAUACAUUUUGGAAUUAUGCAUGAAGGAGAGCAAAUAAAAAUCUUGGGAAUACAGAAAGAUUGUAUAUGCUAUAAAAACCUAGACUUUGGUUUACAGUCAGCGUUGAAUAUAUGCUUCAAAGAAAAUAUAAACGAAGUAAAACUAGUACUUCGGCAAGUACAAAGGAUUCCAGUCGAUGAAGACUCCCUAAUCAUAGAGAUUGACGUUGUGCCGUUUCAUGGAUACUUUUCUGACAAACUAGUACCAAUGCAUUUUCCUCCAAAGGGCGUCCAGAAGGAACAAUACAACGUAUUCAAUGGUAAUUGUAUUGAAGAUAUCCACUGCGAUGAAUUACAAUCCUUUGAAAAAAUAAAAAUGUCAGUAAUUGAACAGCGUAAGUUUCUUCAAGAACAACUUUGCAAAACAGAAGCCGAAAAUGUCGGAAUGAAAAGAAAGCUACGCAAAAUAUUGACAGACGGCAGACCAUAUUUGACAGAGCUGUAUUCUCCGAUAAUUGUUACGGGAAACAUCAAUGGCUGUCCAAAUGAGGAUGAAAUCAGGACUAAUAUGUGCAUAGAAAAUGCUUUUACAUCCUGUAAGGUUGUAUUUGAAUUUGAUUCAUCCUCAAAUGUUCGAGAAACGGUAGAAAGUGAAAAUGAUUCUUUCAAAUAUUAUACAUCGGAAAGUUUACAAGAAGAAUCACUCAGAAAUGACGCAUUUGGCAACAACGAUGGUAAAUGUUGGAUAUACUGCAAUGGCUACGAAAAUGCAGAAUCUCCCCAAGAGAAAAACGAAAUGAAUAUUGCUGACUGGAAUAAGAAGAGAAAACGAGGAGUUAAGGAAGCUUUGAACCAUGUUCGAGAUAAAAUUCAAAGGGGAACAUGUAAAAUGAUAUUUCUUAUUUAUCAAAAAUAUUCAGGUAAUGAAAGAGAUCCAAUGCUAGAAAUGGCCCGUGAUCCCGUUUUGGAGCAAUUCACCGACGAGUGUGUAAUCAUAGCAGAAAAUGAGUCUUAUCUAACUAAAUGGAAAGAAGAGUUCAAAGAUUUCCAUGUUAAUGAAUCAUUAUUCUUUACUGGAUUAAGCUUGGCGUCUGUAUUGGAUACUAUACGGUCCGUGUUUAAAGCAAACCCUGACGUAGAAUGUAUAUUACCUGCUUCGAACGGAAGUGUAUGCAUGACAAAAAAGGAAAUGAGUACAUUCCAAGACAUAGUCAUUGUCAAUGGAAAGGAAUGUAUUCUUGAAAUAGAAAACCUUGAUGAAGACGCAUUACAUAUGAAAAUGGUGGAGACUCGAAACAAUUUCUACAGAGGUACAGAUUUAACAUGGUGGAAUUUUCACUUCGCUGGUCAGAUUGGUAAGAGAAAGGUACUUGACACAAUCGUUGAAGACGUUUACUUCAAGUUAGAACACAGUAAUGAAUCUGUUGAACUGUGUAAAAUAUACCAUCAGCCAGGAGCUGGAGGAACAACUGUAGGGAAACAUAUCAUAUGGCUUUUGAGUCAGUAUAGCGUCUGUAAUAACAUCCCAUACCGAUGUUGUAUCUUACAUGAAAAUACAACAAAAACGUUUCAACAGAUGAAAAUGUUCAGACACUUCAAAGACAAAAACAACAGAAGACCGAUUAUCCUACUUAUUGAUGAUCACGAAGAGGAAGAAGUAGAUGCUUUUACUUACAAAUUACGGAAGUAUGUUUCUAGUAUUAAACACUUUUGCUGCAUAAUUAGCAUACAUCGAAUCAAAAUACAAGAGCAUCGACCAAAUAUCAUCUGUAUAAGUUUAAAGCUAGAAAAAGAAGAACAGCAAUGGUUUGAACUCAAAAGUAAAGAACUAGAAAAUAUCGACGAUAUCGGAGACAUAAAUACCCUCAUCGCGUUCAAUUUCAUGAAAACGUCGUUUGACGAAGAAGUUAUACUACGCACAGCAAAACACAUAAUCAGUGGAAUAAAACCAGUUGAAAGUCAAGUCCUCAAAUGUCUUGCCUUGAUCAGCAAAUAUGAAAAAAAUCGAAUCGUGGUACCAAUUCGUGUUUUUGAUGUUCUUACAGACGAAGAGGUAAAUGGCGUAUGGUGUAGUAAUAUGAGCGAGUCAAUGCAAUUGAUGAUUAAAGAACAAUAUACCGGAGAUUCCAAUGGUAUAUCUAUUUUAUGUCAACCCUUGGCAAAAGCGAUUAUCAGGUAUUUUGAGGAAUCACCGCAGAGAGACAAAAUUGAGGACUUUGUCAGCAUGAUUUUAGAUGUAUUGGAAAGACUGAAGAAAACAUCAGGACGUAGUGAAAAUUUUAAUGUAUUCAGCAAAAUAGUUUGCAGCCUUCUAAAAAGGAAUUCAACAGUUUCUCGCCAAAAGGAAGAUAACAAAUGGGGCACUUUUGCAGAUCUUGUCAAUGCCCUACGAAUACCACGACCGUCUGAAGAAAUUGCCACCGCCAAUAAACGUUCAGAGGUUGUUUUGCAACGUUGUUUCGAUAUAACCUCAGAUGCAAUGGUCGGACAACAACUUACAAGACUUUAUAUUUUGGAAUGCAGGUUUGAAGAUGCCCAACAUACCAUUGAAAAAUCAAUAAAAUAUAUGGGUAGAGAUAAUUCGUAUCUCAUUGACACGUAUGGAAAUAUAUACAAGGCAAUGAUGACAAACAAAAUAAAGAAUUGCAGCAAAGAUAAACGAAAUAUAAAGGAUGGAGAAGCAGCUGAAAUAGUGCGUUUCGGCUUACAGGCGAUAGAUACGUAUAGAAAAGCACAAAAGGUGGCAUUGAGGGAACAUCCGAAAAACAAGAAAAGAAAUUUAAGUUGUUUCUUCAACGAACUUAAUACCCUUGUUACACUUCUCGGUGCUUUUUCAAAGUUCCAGGCAAGUGACGGACACACAGCUUUAUGUCAGGCAUUUCUAACAUCGAAGUACGAUGAGCAUUGUUCUCCAUAUAAGCAAAUUGUAGAAGAAAUCCCGAGAACGAUGGAUCUGUUGAAAGACUCUGAUUUUCACAGAAAAGUAGAAGAUAAUUUGCGGUUUAUUGAAAGUCAGCAUCAACUGGUAUACUAUAAAGAAGCAGAACCUGGAAAGGUACUUAGCAUGAGAAGAUGUCUUCAGCAAUUCUACGACUGUUUAGAUGAAGAUAUAUUGUCUUAUCCAACGACGUUGUUCGAGUUACAAGAUGCAUUAGAGACGGCAAAGGAGACACGAAAGAAUGAAUUUCAAAUAAAAGAGAGAGUAGAAACCAUCCAAAAACGUCUCAAAGAAGGUAUUCGGGAAGAAACAAGUGACCGAGAUUUAUUGCUGUACAUUGGAUACUUUAUUGUGAAGCAUUACGGACAAGAAGAGUAUAGAAACCUUUUAUUUUACAGUAACGUUGUGAUUGAAAGCCAAUUAGAACUCUCAUAUGAUGUUCCAAUUCUUGAAGUUUUUCUUUAUCAUGCAGUUUUGCAUUGGCCUACGAACAAUAGAGCAUUAAUUGACUCAGAGCAUUUCUGCCAACCGACAAUGUACAGAAAGUGUCUUCAACACUGGGAAGACUCUUUUCAUCACUUACAUGGAACCCAAUAUUCUGACUGUGUCUUCGCUGUUAUAAAUGGCGCUAUUGGAUCUGAUAUAUUAAACAUUAAACAGGCAGGUGAAGGCAAAAUUUGGUAUGAUGAUCCACAGAUACGCGAUGCGCGUUUUGAUGGAAAAGUUCAUGAUUCCGGCAAAUAUGUGUCCUACGAGGCUACGUAUUCACAGAACAGAAGACAUGAAUUUUUCAUCGAAACAGAUACAAAGUGUUCUGGCAAUAUGAAAAACAAAACUGGAACAUUUAUACUAGGGUUUACAUGGAAGGGGCCAAGGGCAUUUGCACUGAAGGUUAGAGACUCUCUUACAACUUUAGAGAGAAGGAAAACAGCAUCAAAUAAGAAGUUUUCAAGUCCUAGAAAUUACCCUGGAGAAAAUCAUUCUGCAGAUGGAAUCAGCAGUGGAAUAAACGAGUCCAGAUAUGACACGGAUAAAUACGGUGCCAUGCCAAAGAAGAAGAAUUCUAAAGAAACAUCUCCGCUCCCUGAAAACAGUUCCAUUUCCAACUUAAAAGCCCAGACGCAAAUUAAAGUAUCGUCACUUGAACAGAACCUAACAGAUGAUACAUGGGAAUACGAAAAGCUAAAUAAUAGACGGAGAAGGCUCAUUGAUGGUGUUUUAAAGGAUGAGAAAAUAAAAAGCGUAUUAGACAGGAAAGAUUUAGCCCAAGCUUUGCAAGUCAUUGAACGUGAAAAAGGGCCUAAGAUGACACUACGAGUGUUUCAGGAGGAAAUUCAAAAGCAUUUUUCGACAAGGAAAGUGCAGACAAUGCAUAUAAUGGAGAGAAACACUGAACCACUGUUAAUCACAGGUGGUAUUGAUGAAUUGUGUUUGAUAUGA